AUGGAGACGAGCAUGAGUGAUGAAGAGGGGGUCCGCCGCGGUAUCGUGGAGGCGGCGGUGGAGCACUACUCUCUCCUCUCGGGGACUCAGGAGGUGAACGCAAAGGUGGCCGCCGCGUCGGGGAGCGCGUUGUCGUGCGUGAAGCGGCUCAACGACUCGCUCGGCAAGCUACAGACGCUCAGCCAGGCGAUGACGAGAGUGGGCCAGCAGUGGCGCAGGGAGAAGCAGAUCGCACUGGGCACGGUGGCGCAGCACCAGAAGUUGCUUGCUUUUUUGGAGGCUCCUGCCGUGUUUGAUGAUUGCAUCCGGAACGAGAUGUACCACGAGGCCCUCAUGGUACUGGAACACAUAACACGAUCCUCCCAGCCCAUGGCAGAGGUGGAGUUAUUUCGCCGCGUCGAGGUGGAGGUGCGCUGCAACUUGGAGCGGGCACUCUCGGAGGUGGUUUUCCCCCGUUUGGCGCAGCAGCUAACUGUCGCCUCCGCUGUGAAGGUGACAACCUUCUUGCGCAGACUCGGCGUCGAUGAAAGCCAGAUACGCCGACUUUUCCUCUGGAAGCGGGCGGAGUACGUGGAUGGCUUUCUGCGUGAGGCAGAGGAAAGCGAGGUGGCGUACUCGCGCAUUUUUAGGUACGUGGCGGCCUUUAAGGUGCACGUGAGCGAGGCGAUCAUGCAGUACACCGCCUGCUUCUCCCCAACGGUCGAGGGUGGGGCGUGCAGCGAACUUGUUGCCUGGUGUCAUCAGAGGGUGUACGUCUUUCUCGAUGGCUUCCGUGCCUCGCUGGAUAAAAUCACCAACGGCUCCGAAUUGUCCUCCGUCAUAGAGGAAUGCAACAGCUGCAGCGCCACCGCGACACUGCUGCACAUGGAUGUUUCAGGGCUCCUUAACGAGUCUCUCAUCUCUCGUGUGAAGACGCUUUUUGCUGAGCAGAUUGCCCUUUCUAUGCAAUCCUACACCGCUUCCAUGGCGACGUUUUCGUGGCGAACUUCAACUGGGCCGCAGUGGAGUUCUUCACUAAAACGAGCAGAGCCGACGUCAUCGUCGAAUUCAAGCAUGUCACCCCCAUUGAGCCUUCUGCAGUGGCUGCCGCUUGCGUAUGCUUUGAACGGGCUGCUUACUGCGUUUAAUACAAUUCGCAAGUGUGUGGUUCCUGGUGUGAAGCUGUUUUGCGUCUCCAAGGUUGAGGGACUGCUGCAGACGGUGGCGAAGGACCUUGCGCGGGACAAGGAACUUUUAAUGGCCAUGGAGGGGGGCGAGAAGCAGGUGUACCUGCUCUUUGUGGAGGCCUUUGUUAAUGAUUUUUACGCGCAUGUACUGGUGUGCAUACGGGAGCUUCUGGGCAACGAUGCACAGCGCCUUUUAGAGAAUGGUAUGCGGGGGAGUAUUGAGAGCCUUCGGAGCAUUCUUCCCACAGAGCGUCACACGGCGUCAUGUGGAACCCCGCAGAAGGAGCAGCAGGUGAUGAACGCCGCCAGUUUUUCCACGGACCCUCAAGGCGUCAGCGUCGCCCCCAGCGCUGUCGGCACAUGA